AUGGGCUCCUGUGGAGGUAGUCCCAUGGGUCCCAUGCCUCCCCCGGGUCCUGGCCCGUUUGCCAGCUUCACCAGUGUCCAAGAGGAACACCACGAGCCGCAGCAGCCGCAGCAGCAUCAUCAGCAGGUGCUGCCGCCGCCUCUCCCUCACCACCACCUGCGCCAGCCGCCUGCCCAUCUCAACCCUCAAUGGCGCUUCGGCAGCAGAGACGUCCGACUCGAGCUUACCGCUGGUGAUGCCAUGACUGACCCUUUUGCCCAGCAACCCCGUCAGCCUUACAACAGCCAAGGCUACCUGCCCAACGGAGCCAGCAACCCUCAGCCAGCUCCCGGCGCAACGCCUCUGCUCCCGAACCAAGGUCGUGUCCUCCAGACCGGCCCCAUUCGAAUUCUGUGCAUAGCCGACGUGCGAGGCAACCUCCGAUCUCUCAACGAACUCGCAAAGCAGGCACGCGCCGAUCACAUCAUCCACACCGGUGAUUUUGGCUUCUACGAUGACACCUCGUUAGAGCGGAUUGCGGAAAAGACCCUUAAGCAUGUCGCCCAAUACUCGCCCUUGAUUCCCGAGCCUGUCAAGAAGGCUAUUGCCGCCGGUGGCCAAGGCCCCGUCAAGCAGCGCUUCUCGGCCCCCGAGCUGCCUCUGUCGGAGCUGCCCAUGCUCAUCAGCGGCCAGGUCAAGCUCGACGUCCCCGUCUACACCGUCUGGGGUGCCUGUGAGGAUGUGCGCGUGCUCGAGCGAUUCCGGUCUGGCGAGUACAAGGUCCCCAACCUGCACAUCAUCGACGAGGCCCGAUCCAUGCUGCUGGAGCUCGGCGGCGUCAAGCUGCGUCUGCUCGGCCUAGGCGGUGCCGUCGUCAUGCACAAGCUGUUCGACAACGGCGAGGGCCGCACCACCAUCGCCGGCGGCCAGGGAACCAUGUGGACCACGCUGCUGCAGAUGGGAGAGCUGGUGGACACGGCUAACCGCGUCUACGACCCGACCGAGACCCGAGUCUUUGUCACGCACGCCUCCCCGGCCCGCGAGGGCAUCCUCAACCAGCUGUCGGUCAGCCUCAAGGCCGACUUCUCCAUCUCGGCUGGCCUGCACUUCCGUUACGGCAGCUCCUACAACGAGUUCAGCGUGAACCCCACCCUCGACCACUACCGCGGCAAGCUCGCCGCCUCCAAGGCCUCGUUCAACGACGUCUGGGAGACGGUCAAGGGUGAGGUGGAGCCCGCCAUCCAGCAGAACGAGGCGCAACAGAACCUGCUCAAGAACGCCCUCGGCCUCGUCGAGAAGAUGCCCACGACGGCAGCUGGCGGCAACCCCUUCGGCGGCCCCGUCGGCGGCUCGGCUGCUCUCGGCCAGGUCGACGAGAGCGCCUUCAAGAACAUGUGGAACUUCAACCUGGCCGAUGCCGCCUUUGGCUGGCUCGUGCUGGAGAUCCAGGACGGCCGCAUCGGCACCGAGAUGCGAGCCCAGGGCUUCAACUUCUCGCACCGUGGCGCCAAGCAGCAGCCCAUGGCACCCACGGUUGGCACCCCGUCGCCUGCCCCGGCUUCCAGCAGCGUGGCAGCAGCUCCUGCGCCUCCCACCGGGCCCCAGCGAAACGCCUCGGCCGCCCAGUCGAAGCCCGCAGCCAACGCCCCGAUCCAGCCGAAGCCGGCCACGCCCAAGCCCGGCACGUCUUCCCCCGCCCCUGGUGCGUCGGCCACCAAGGAGAACGACAAGCCGACCAACGGCACGGCCAGCGGCCCCGACACGGCCUCGUCGCCCGCACCCCGCGCGGCCACCGACAUUGUCGGCCUCUUCAUCAUGAACGUGCAGUCGGACGAGCAGGCGCGCGACAUCUUUGCCGAGGAGAGCAAGUCCAAGAUCACCAAGAUCGACAAGUGGGGCAGCACGUCCAACAACAAGGUGGCACACUUUGGCAGCGUCGAGGACCGCGACGCGGCCUUUGGCAGCCUGUCGGACGAGUACAAGGUGCGCGCAACCGAGGACCGAUCCAGACCGCUGGUCAAGAUCUUCCAGCCGCGCGAGACCAAGACGUUCCAGCGAGGCGGAGCGGGCCAGUGGGGCAGCAGCCGGGGCGACCGGGGCGGCCAGAGCGGCUAUCGCAGCGCCACGGACCGCGGAACUGCUAGCGGCGGCGAGAGCGGAACCGAGUCGGGACGCGGCGGACGAGGAGGUCGUGGCGGUCCUCGGGGGGGUCGUGGUGACCGUGGCGGACGGGGCCGAGGCGGUCGCGGCGGCGGCGUGAAGGGCGGCGAGGGCGGCAGCGCAUCUCCGGCACCGGCCUCGGCGACACCUGCGGAUUCGUAG